AAAUCGAGUCACUCCUUCCACGAGAUAUCAAAGAGACACCACUGUCUCUGAGCUUCUCUGGCGGCUGUGACUGUCAGCUCCUCAGUUACCUUCCCGUCUCUCUUCCCCCUCCAUUUCCACUUCAGCGGCGGAAGGUCCAUCGGAUUCCAUGCCAUUGAAGGGAGGUAAAGGAGCUGAGGAAGAGAAAUUAAUUGAGGUGCGAGUGCAUCAGAGAGAGAGAGAGGGAGAGAGAGAGAGUAAUUAAUAUGGGUUAUAUCCUCUGCUUUACCUUUCUCCGCUCCUGAUUAACUCACGUGAAGCUAAACCCGUGCACUGAGAUCGACGGCCUCGCACAUUUCCGCCACCCGCCAACAUCGCGGCGCAUUGCUCUCGCGCGUCCAAAGAUCCCGCCUUUUGGUUUCUGAUGGGUUCAAUGUGAUUCAGGAACAAUCCUGAGAUGCUCCUGCUUCUCCUCCUCAUCCCUCCCAUGGCGGCCUUCGGACUGCCGCCGCACUGAAGGCCCCCAAUUGCUAUGUUCUCUUCGUCGCCAUGGAGUCAACACCUGCUUCUCCAAGGUGCAACUUUUACCUGUGUUUCCUCCUCCUCCUCUUCUGCUUCUCGACCUCAUUUGCUGCCGAUGUUUCGAAUGCCGGCGACAUUGCCGCCCUCUUGGCCUUGAAGAACUCUGUAGAUACUCAGGACUCCCUGCCGUGGCGGCGAGAGACCGCCUCUUGGCUCUGCAGAGAGUGGAAGGGGGUGAAGCAGUGCUCCCCUGUUAGCAGAGUGACGAAGCUGGUGCUCGAGUUCCUCAACCUCACCGGGACCUUGAGUCGGGACCUCCUUGCUCCUUUCGACCAGCUUCGUGUACUCAGCUUAAAAUCCAACUCGCUCUCCGGCGCCAUUCCCGACCUUUCCCCUCUCGUCAACCUCAAAUCUCUCUACCUCAGCGACAACCAGUUCUUCGGCCGGAUCCCGGCCAAUCUCAACGCUCUCCACCGGCUAAAGGUGGUUGUCCUCUCUGGAAAUCUCCUCUCCGGUCCAAUUCCGGAGUCUCUCAUCAGCCUCCCGCGGCUCUAUGAGAUCUUGCUCGAGGGCAAUCACCUCACAGGGCAGAUCCCGGCUUUCGACCAGCCCAGUCUUCGCUACCUCAAUGUAUCCCGGAAUAACCUCUCGGGAGAAAUCCCCGCCACCCAAGCCCUGUCCCAGUUCAAUGCUUCCUCUUUCCUCAGCAAUGCAAACCUCUGCGGGGCUCAAAUUGGGACUCCCUGCGUCCAAAAGUUGAUCUUCCCCCCGUCGUCCAUCAGCCCGGGAUCGCCGUUUGAUCAUGUCAAUGCCUUCCCACCUUUCAUGCCUCCCACCGGCAGCAACCAAAGCAGGAGGCGGAUCAUUGCCAUCGUCGCCAGUUCUGUCGCGGGGGCUCUUUUCUUGUCGAUUUGCUCGGCCCUUGCGUUGCUUUUGGCCUGGAAUAGGAAGCGGAGGCGGCCGGUGGUCGAGACCCGAACGGUGGGUCGCGGGUCCGGCGGGGGCCGCUACAAGCCAGAAGAAGAAGGUGCGGUGGUCAUCGGCGGAGGAGGAGGGGGAAGAGAAGAGGAAAAGGGCGUAUUCUCGUGGGAGGCGGAGGGGCUCGAGAAGCUCGUAUUCUGCGGCGGCGUCCGGGAGAUGUACAGUCUGGAGGAGCUAUUGCGAGCGUCGGCGGAGACGCUGGGCCGGGGAACGGUCGGGAGCACGUACAAGGCGGUGAUGGAGUCCGGGUUCAUCGUGACGGUGAAGCGACUCAAGGACGCCUCCCGCCCGCCGACGGAGGCCUUCCGGCAGCGCAUGGAGGAGCUUGGCCGGCUGCGCCACCCCAACCUAGUCCCCCUUCGCGCCUACUUCCAGGCCAAAGAGGAGCGUCUUCUCGUCUACGACUACUUCCCCAAUGGCAGUCUCUUCUCCCUAAUCCAUGGGUCGCGGCCGUCGGGGAGCGGGAAGCCGCUUCAUUGGACGUCGUGUUUGAAGAUAGCGGAGGACGUGGCAACUGGGCUGGCCUUCUUGCACCAGAACAGCCCACCAGCGGUCCACGCGAACCUGAAGCCCGCUAAUGUACUUCUCGGCCCGGAUUUUGAGUCCUGCCUCGCCGACUACGCCCUAAUCCCGGCCCUGUUCCACGACGACGCAUUCCCAUCGUCGUCCUCCGCCGCGGCCGCGGCCGCCGCCUCCCUGUUCUACCGCGCCCCCGAGGCGCGAAGCACCCACGCCUUCACCCCGCUCUCCGACGUCUACAGUUUCGGCGUCCUCCUCCUGGAGCUCCUCACCGGGAAAGCCCCCUUCCAGGACAUCCUCGACAAGCACGGCGCCGAGAUCGGUCGCUGGGUCCGAUCCGUGCGCGCCGCGGAGCGGAACGACUCCAGAGAGGAGCCCGGCGGGGGGUCUUCGUCAGGGAACGAGGCGGCGGCGUCGGAGGAGAAACUGACGACGCUGCUGAACAUCGCAUCGUCGUGCGUGGUGGUGGAGGCGGAAAGGAGACCGGCGAUAAGGGAGGUGCUUCUGAAGAUACGGGAGGCGCGGGCGGAGGCGAUGGUGGCGUCCUCCAACAGCAGCGACCACUCGCCGGGGCGGUAGUCGGACACGCUGCAGAGCGAGGGAGUACGGAUCGAAGGAGUUCACGGAGAGGGAUUAUAAUUGAAUAAUCAAUUCCUCGUCGGCGAUCGAUCGGCGGGUAGAAUUGGCGUGUGAGCUGUUGAUGUUUUUGAGAUUUCGGUAUUGACAUAAAAGGAAAUUAAUUUGUUUCUCCA